UGGACGUGUUCCUCUUAACUUUUAAAUUAUUCACUUUUUAACCUUUGGCUCUCUCUCCUAUGUUGUUUUUAAUCAUGGAAUUUUAUUCGGCUUCCUUUGUGACAGGCUGAAGUAAAUUUCCUUGGUGACCUUGUCCCUCCAAACUUGGUAAAACUUAUUGGAUACUGCAUUGAAGAUGAUCAAAGGCUGCUAGUGUAUGAGUUCAUGCCUCGGGGGAGCUUGGAGAACCACCUAUUUAGGAGGUCCCUGCCUCUUCCAUGGUCUAUUAGAAUGAAAAUUGCAUUGGGUGCAGCAAAAGGUCUUGCUUUUCUUCAUGAGGAGGCAGAAAGACCUGUGAUUUAUCGUGACUUUAAAACCUCCAACAUCUUAUUGGAUGCAGAUUACAAUGCCAAACUUUCUGAUUUUGGACUUGCCAAAGAUGGCCCGGAGGGUGAUAAAACUCAUGUCUCCACACGUGUGAUGGGAACUUAUGGUUAUGCAGCUCCAGAAUAUGUAAUGACUGGACAUCUUACAUCGUGGAGUGAUGUCUAUAGUUUUGGCGUAGUUUUCAAGGCUAUGGGAAGAGCUAUCAACAAGACUGUGUCGAUUGUGGAGCUAAUUAAGAGAAGAAUUGUCGGUCUUCACCAGUAUACUACAAUUGGAUCCACUGACAUAACUGAUACUUGGGAACCCCUUGAGGAAGGCCUUCUGCCGUAA